AUGGCCACUCUACAUCCAGGCCUGCCCGGGCCUGCCUCAGUAGCUCCAAAUACGCAGAAUGAUUCCCUCCAAAGUGAGCAGCAAGAGCAAGACGAAAAGGCCUUCUGGAAAACCCGGAUGCGAAAAGGCUUGCGCUUAAUGGCAGCUCAUGCAGUCCGAGCCGACAUAUCCACCGCUGCAGCCAGAAGCCCUCUUUUCGUCAGAGGCUUCGAGAACGCUCCUAACGAUGGAGCUUUGAUUCUCCCAGACUCUCAACUGUCGACAGUCCCUGAAGACCAGACGGAUCGCUUCUUCAGCUUGCUGACGAAGUAUAAAGACUCUGAUGCAAAUGUUUUGAUUCCGAUCGACUUCAAGUCCUUCGACUAUUCCAUCGAUGUGGUACAAGACGCUUUCAGUUAUGGCUACCGCACCAUGAAGAAUUUCAGAGGCCAGGUGAUCUUGACUGCGCAGCAAGUCAAAGACUGUCAAGCACUUGUCAUCAGCGGUAUGAACGAUCCAGACUGGGUUGCUUUCAUUCCACGGUACUAUUACAGCAAAGUCGCACAUGCCGGCAGAGGGGAAGGCCAGAGACUAUUCAGAAGUCUUGUCCCAGUAGCUAUGGCAAGAUUCAGCCCACUACCACCACUUCUUGCUCCCUUCGUGAUGCACAAAAACAACCUCCCUGAGGCGUUCGAAAAUAUGGUGACACACCUUCAAAAUCCAGGAAUCAGAUUGCGAAACCCAUACUCUGGAAUCGAGUAUCUGCGAGAAGGAGUCGCAGUCGAGCCGCAGCCUUUUAGCGUUAUCUCACGCGUGAACGAUCCCGAACUAGAUCUGCGCUACAAGAUCUGGAAAGCAUUUGACGACGUCGCUCGUACAGGCUCAGGCACGCCGGAGUUCUUGGCCCGAAAUCCUCUCUGCUGUCCCAUCACGGCCAAUCUACGCCUCGACCACGUCAACGGAACUUCGAUUUUCGUCGAGAUCAAGCGGCAGCAUGCACGCGUCUCUGAGGAUGGCACAACCUUCCAGUAUAUGCAGUAUGGUCAAGGUCUUGCUGGUGGGGGUAUUUUUACCUUCGAGGCCACAUGGGACUAUCUUCUAACCAUGGUUGACGACAAAGAGGGAUAUUUGAUCCGCAAGGAGAGCAUUCCGACUAGCUUCUGGCACCAAGAUCCCGGAUUGAAAGGCUGGAUGACACACAAAUUCCCUGAUGCGUCAUUUUUGAAUCGUCGCCGAGUGCUUCUGUACGGGACCUCUGCCGCUAUCGUGGAAAACAUCGCUCGCAUCAUCACAUACACGAGUGCCGAAUCUGCAGACGACAGUCUUAUCAUUCAGAAUUCAGGCCAAGCGGGAGCUGGUCCGUCAAAACUUGGCGGGGGUGGCGGCAGAACAAGUAUGGGCGGUACGUUCACAUCUGUUGCAGGGGACGAUCGUUCUGGCCUGGCUGGACAUUUGGAUGCCAAUCAAGACGCUACACUAUUUCUCCCUCUUAUGAGGGAAUGCAGACGCAUGGGAAAGGGUUGCAUGAUCGAUCUCGGCAAAUUUCAUCCGUUCGGCAGAAUGGCCAUGAUCAAAUACGAUUGGUCUGAGGAAGAGAAAGAAUGCUACGACCGGACUGGAAAACCGCCUUGCUGGGCUGGUAUGCUGCCCUCUGCGACACCAAUGGUCACCCUAUGUAGCCAAUGGAACAGCUGGAGAUCAGGCUAUGCACCAGUCGAGGGAACUGUUGCACAAGUUGAACUUUAUCGCACCGCACACCCAUGCCUUGUAGCAUGCUCUGCCCUUCCCACGGAACUAGCUCACAUGGCCGUGCAGCAAUGGAUUGUUCCAUCAGAGUUUAUGCCGAUGAUUCAAAUCGGGGACCUGAUAGGGGAAGGUAGGAGAGCUCCCCUGAUCCUGAAGGGACAACACGAUAUCGAAGAGUUCAUAGUGACACAAGGGUCGCUGCAUGCUACGGUUUACGAGUUCUUCAGUGGCAAAGACACCAUACACAUUGGCUUUCACCAAGUUCCUGUGAAGCCACGAGCCUACCUCAAAACCAUUCGAGAUUACAAAACCGUGGGAGAGCAGAAGUUCGAGGUCUGUGGUAAGGUGGAUGACACGAAUUGA